UUCCCACAAUGCCCCGGUGCGGUGCAGCCGCGGAUGGAUGCUGCGGGAAGGGGCUGCCAUUUGCUGCCCCUGCCAGCGGCGCGCGGACCUGCCCGCGCUCCCGCUGCCUCCAGCGCCCUCAGCCCGCCCGGCCUUUGCAGCCGCACCGCCUCAGCUUCCUCCGCGGCCGCCGGAGCGGUCGCCAUGAACCCCAGCUCCUCGGCGGGAGAGGAGAAAGGGGCGACGGGCGGCAGCAGCAGCAGCGGAAGCGGCGCCGGGAGCUGCUGCCUAGGCGCCGAGGGCGGCGCGGACCCGCGGGGUGCAGGGGCAGCGGCUGCUGCUGCCCUGGAGGAGCCCGGGGCCGCCGGACAGAAGGAGAAGGAAGAGGCGCUGGAGGAGAAGCUGAGGGACUUAACUUUCCGGAAGCAGGUCUCUUACAGGAAAGCCAUCUCCCGGACAGGCCUCCAGCACCUGGCUCCUGCACAUCCUCUUGGCCUUCCUGUGGCGAAUGGUCCAGCAAAGGAGCCCAGAGCAACUCUGGACUGGAGCGAGAAUGCUGUGAAUGGGGAACACCUAUGGCUGGAGACCAACGUCUCGGGCGACCUCUGCUACCUGGGGGAGGAGAACUGCCAAGUCCGAUUUGCAAAAUCCGCUGUCAGGAGGAAGUGUGCAGUCUGCAAAAUCGUGGUCCACGCUGCCUGCAUUGAGCAACUAGAGAAGAUUAAUUUCAGAUGUAAACCAACAUUUCGGGAAGGAGGCUCCAGAUCACCAAGAGAAAACUUUGUGCGUCACCACUGGGUCCACAGGCGGCGGCAGGAGGGAAAAUGUAAGCAGUGUGGUAAGGGUUUCCAGCAAAAGUUCUCCUUCCAUAGUAAAGAGAUCGUGGCCAUCAGCUGUUCUUGGUGCAAGCAGGCGUUUCACAAUAAGGUGACCUGCUUCAUGCUGCAUCACAUCGAGGAACCCUGCUCUCUGGGGGCCCACGCUGCUGUCAUUGUCCCGCCCACCUGGAUCAUUAAGGUGAAGAAACCUCAGGUGAUCUCCAUACCAGGAGAUGAACUUGAACUUGGUUGGGCGGGAGACGGACCUGGUUGGGCGGGAGACUGGAGCCCCUCAGAGAAUUUGGGAUUCUUCCAUUUUUACUGGGAGGGUUGGCAGAACUCCCUGAAGGCUUCCAGUCGGAAGAAGAAAAGAACAAGCUUUAAAAGGAAAGCCAGUAAAAGAGGAACUGAGCAGGAAAACAAAGGUCGUCCUUUUGUGAUCAAGCCCAUAUCCUCUCCUCUCAUGAAGCCUUUGCUUGUGUUUGUGAACCCAAAGAGUGGGGGCAACCAGGGAACCAAAGUCCUUCAGAUGUUCAUGUGGUACCUGAAUCCACGGCAAGUCUUUGAUCUUUCUCAGGAAGGGCCAAAAGAUGCGCUGGAGUUGUACAGGAAGGUACCGAAUCUGAGAAUUCUGGCCUGUGGUGGGGAUGGAACGGUGGGCUGGAUCCUCUCCAUCCUGGAUGAGCUUCAGCUGAGUCCACAGCCUCCUGUGGGGGUCCUUCCAUUGGGGACUGGGAAUGACCUGGCUCGGACGCUCAACUGGGGAGGGGGCUACACCGAUGAGCCUGUUUCUAAGAUCCUGUGCCAGGUCGAAGAUGGCACCAUUGUACAGCUGGACCGCUGGAACCUUCAUGUGGAGAGAAACCCGGACUUGCCCCCUGAAGAACUUGAAGAUGGCGUGUGUAAGCUUCCUCUGAAUGUCUUCAACAAUUACUUCAGCCUCGGAUUUGAUGCCCACGUCACUCUCGAGUUCCAUGAAUCCCGAGAAGCAAAUCCAGAGAAAUUCAAUAGUCGUUUUCGAAAUAAAAUGUUCUAUGCAGGCGCAGCCUUUUCUGAUUUCCUACAGAGAAGUUCUAGAGAUCUAUCCAAACACGUCAAAGUUGUCUGUGAUGGGACAGAUCUCACCCCAAAGAUCCAGGACCUGAAGUUCCAGUGUAUAGUAUUUUUAAAUAUACCCAGAUAUUGUGCUGGCACAAUGCCUUGGGGAAACCCUGGAGAUCACCAUGAUUUUGAACCCCAGCGUCACGAUGAUGGCUACAUUGAAGUCAUCGGAUUCACCAUGGCCUCUUUGGCUGCCCUGCAGGUCGGAGGUCACGGAGAAAGGCUGCACCAGUGUCGGGAAGUGAUGCUUCUGACUUACAAGUCCAUCCCCAUGCAAGUCGAUGGGGAACCGUGUAGGCUGGCCCCCGCCAUGAUUCGGAUCUCCUUGAGGAAUCAGGCCAACAUGGUACAGAAGAGCAAGCGGAGAACCUCCAUGCCUUUGCUCAAUGACAUCCAUCAGGUGCAAGCUGCGGACCUGCGGCGAGUGUCAGCUCCCCCCGGCUCCUUUACCAUUCCCCAGUCUGUCCCAGAUCGCCUGAGGAUCCGAGUGAACAAAAUCAGUUUACAAGACUAUGAAGGACUCCACUAUGACAAAGAGAAACUCCGGGAAGCCUCCAUCCCUCUGGGUAUUCUAGUUGUUCGUGGAGACUGUGAUUUGGAGACUUGCCGUAUGUACAUAGACCGCCUACAGGAGGACUUGCAGUCAGUUUCUUCUGAGUCACAGAGAGUUCAUUACCAGGACCAAGACCCCUCCUUCCCCAGGGCGCUCUCAGCUCAGAGGUUGUCCCCUCGGUGGUGCUUCCUAGAUGCAACUUCUGCUGACCGCUUUUAUCGAAUAGACAGAUCUCAGGAACAUUUGCACUUUGUGAUGGAGAUUUCUCACGAUGAGAUUUUUAUUCUGGACCCAGAUAUGGUGGUGUCACAGCAGGCAGGGACACCUCCAGGAAUGCCUGACCUAGUGGUUGAACAGGCUUCGGGGCUGUCUGACUGGUGGAACCCUGCCCUGAGGAAACGCAUGCUGAGUGACAGCGGGCUGGGAAUGAUCACACCCCACUACGAGGACUCAGAUAUGAAAGAUCUCAGUCACUCGAGAGUGCUACAGUCACCAGUCUCUUCAGAAGAUCAUGCAAUUUUGCAGGCAGUAAUAACUGGUGACCUUAUGAAGCUCAUAGAAAGCUAUAAGAAUGGAGGCAGCUUGUUAAUUCAGGGACCAGACCACUGUUCACUCCUUCACUACGCAGCUAAAACUGGCAAUGGGGAGAUUGUGAAGUACAUCCUUGACCAUGGACCUGCAGAAUUAUUGGAUAUGGCAGACAGUGAAACGGGCGAGACCGCACUGCACAAGGCCGCCUGCCAACGGAACCGGGCUGUGUGCCAGCUUCUGGUGGACGCAGGAGCAUCGCUGAGACAGACAGACUCCAAGGGAAAGACACCCCAAGAACGAGCACAGCAGGCUGGGGACCCAGAUUUGGCUGCUUAUCUAGAAAGCCGACAGAACUAUAAGAUCAUUGGUCAUGAGGACUUGGAGACUGCUGUUUGACCCUGGUUGACAGGCAAAAAGAACUCAAGCAAAGGGUAUCAUCUACACCCUCCUGGCCACUGGGCAGCUCCCCUGGAAGAAGCUAAUGGAAUCCAUAUCCGCCUCUCUCCUGCAAGGAUCUAUCUGAGACCACACUACCAGGUUUUAAGGGCUACCGGGAUGUACAACAGGACAUGAUAGCCCAUUGAGAAAGAGGCAGGCUACCUGGAGAUUUGUGGAGUACACGUUCCACAAAAUUUGAUCCUUAUUGCUUCCAGCAAGUAGCAUGAACUUCUGUGUUCACCUGUCUAAUUUAUUUUAAAGAUGCCGAGGAUGUUCACAUAAAUGGCACUGCUCCCUCCUCCCUCUCUGCAUUCAUCUUUCCCCUGUACCACAGAAUUCUACUGUAAUCCCCCAUCCAUUUAGAAAAUAUACUAUCUCUUCUCUUUACUUUCAGUCUUCCAACCACAAGGUUGUCUGAAGGUCCCUGAAACCCUCCUGGAUGUCUUGCAGAAAUAUAUCUGUAAAACCACUUCCAUUUGCAGACUAAAUAUCAAGACUAGUUAGUGGCUUUGCAUGCCCCCUCCCCAUCUGGUUUCAUCACAUAGGAGCCGGGAAAGUGCCAUGGGGGUAAUGUCAACUUGUGUGCUCUGUCUCUGAGGUAUGGUGAAGUAGCAUGGGAGCUGUCUGUGCUUGAAGUACUUCAGAGAGGUUACCCAGGGGUCAGCGCAGGCAGCUGUGCUGUUGGUGGUAGGAAGGACUGGUUCAGCUUGGGCUGUUUGUACAGCUCGGUACUGCCUACGUGUAGCCAUCUUUGCCUUCUGCUGCAGUAGAGAUGAGUCAAGGAGUCAAUGGAAGCCCAGAGCUAGUUUACAGAGCCAUGUGAUUCUAAGUGCUGUUUCAGUGACAGGGUUGGACCUGUCUAGGACAGUAGUAUAAGAAAGGGAGCAUUCAAAUCCUAAGCUUUGUAAAGUGAUACUAGAAAACGGUCUGAUUGACUUGAAAAAAAAUAGCAAAAAUAAAAGUAGCAAUGUGUGUUAAAACAAUGUACUUCAGCAGGAAAACGGCCUCAGCAUUUUGGGCUGAGGUUCACUACUACAGGCUCAUGGAUACAGUGGUGAAAGGGGGUUCACAUUUGUUUCUCCAAAAGUUCAGUUUUCAUGAUGUCAAGGAAGGCUUGAGCCAAGGACAAAGCCUCAUUUCACCAGUUCCAUGGUCAGACUCUCAGGAUGCCUGGCCCUUCCUAGUCUGUGCUUCACCUUUUUUUUUUUUUUUUUUUUUUUUAGGAUCUGAGAUCGUGUCUGAUGACCCUAUUUUCCACAUGUUUGGGGGGGUCUAUUAAGCUCUUUCCCCGGCUUUAUUUUCUCCUGUCACAAACUUCUUAAUAUAAACCACUGUGACAGAAACGCUUUAUGAAAUUGUUACUUCUGUUCAUGCUGUGGAUCUGGAGGAAUCAGGUAAUAAAGAGGAGAAAAAAAAGCAAAACAAUUUCUAUUCAAACUUCUCCUUGACUUAGUUAGGUGUGGGUCACAAAUACAAGUGGAUGUGAGGGCUUUUCUUUCUGCUUCCUUCCAUUUUUCCCUUGAACAAAGGAAAAUGUUCCUCUGUGUUUCUGCAUGUGACCUUUAAUCUCACAGUCCAAUGGGGACAGUUCAUUUAUCAGAAUCACAUGUCAUCAUUUUGAAAGGACAGAUAUGAUGUACCAUAUUAAGUGUAAGCAAGCUUUGAGUAGGUGGGGAUUCCAUUACCAGAGACUCCCUAUAGUCAUUUCAAGAUCAAACUUGGCAUAGUUUCUAGCUGGGGGGAAAGUGGGUUGGCUAAGAGUUAUAUGUUUCUAGUCAUCCAUCUCAGAACUGAAACUCUCUCUUGGAUUUUACAGGGAGGGAAAGCAAAGGGUCUGGAUGAGAUUGUUUCCAGGAACUGAAGUCACUGAGUUUCUGUUAGGAAUUUUUCAGUUGUUGGGGCUGUCAAGGAAAUAUUGUGAUGACAAAUAUAAUCCCUAGAAUGGACUGGAACCUGGCUUUGAAUGGAACCUUCCAUCUCUGAGAUUGAGCCAAACCCUUGGCCAAGCAGUUGGUUAUCCAGCUGGCCACUGCUGAGAUGCAGGACUAUAUUUUCAUCAACCACCAUCUCACAUUUCUGUGAGAAUGCUUCAAAACAGCCCAGAGAAAAUUUAGGAUAGAGGUGGCUAUGAGCCAGUUCCCAAUGACUCCAAGACACAAAUAAGUCCCUGGCGUGAAAGUAGAUGCAGUAUUGACUACUGUAAGGGUCCUGGUACAUGUAGAAAUUGCCCCCCCUCCAAAAAAAGAAAAAAAAAUAGAUUCUGCAUUAUAGUUGAGGAACAAUAUACAUGAUCUGUCUCUGGAAAAAAACUUGGGGUUUCAAAAACAAUGUGAGCAGAGAAGCUAUAGAUUUCAUGAUUUCAACAUUAAGUCUACCUCCUGUAGGAUUUUUUAAAAAUUAUUUGUUGUGUGCGAUAGUUCUGAGCAUUAGAAAGCUAAAGCCGCGUGGUCCAGGAGUGCCUGCCUCUGCCUAAGUAUAUAGUGUCACAUUUAGUGAGCCAACAGGAGGUACAGAAGAAAAUGGUACAAUCCUGGCCCUGCAAACUUUCUCAGACAUAAAAAUGUGUACCUGUAGAAAAAAAGUCUUUAUGCAUCCUGCUGGGGCUAUGUUACAAGGAACAGCAGGCCUAGCUGAUUCUCCUGUGUUCAGUCCCUUGUGCUGUAGAACUGUCUUCUCUGGAAUUCCUCUUUAAAGUGGGCUGGUAGAAGUAUGAAAAAUGAAGUGUUAUUAAAAGACAGAACUCUGGAGCUGUAAAGGUAAUCAUUUUUGUAACCUUGUAUUACACAGACCAUGAAACAUUAGCCCAAGCCUUGCCCUUACCACAUUCACGAGUGCAACAGAGACCAGGAGAGGAUUCCUUAGCCUAGAAUGCUAAACAGGGUGACUGGGGAUUUUUGCCUUGAGAUUUCUGGUCACCUCCAUAGAGGUGAUGAUUGAAACCCAGUGGGAGUUCUAAAACAGAACUCAGCUGCUGUGAAAUUAGUAAGAAAUGGUGGGAGGCCCCUGUGCCCUGCUGCUUCCUGUCUUCCCAGAAACUACCCAGGCAGAUUUGUCUGGGUACUGAGAUGCUCAACAGGGCAUUUCUUUCUACUGGGACCUAGUAGAGAUUCCUUUGCCUAAUGGAUCUCUGAAAUGUAUUUGAUAGAAUCCCUAGGAUAUUUAUGUCUAAGAAAAUGAAAGGUGGCGGUUUCAUUUAAUGACAUGGCAAUGAUAUGAACACACAUUUUAGUUAUGGAAGUAGCACAUGCAUUUAAUAAAAGUUCUAACUCCACGGGAAGUACCACAUGCAGCAGAAAGGCAUCCUCUGUGCUGGUGUGUCUCAGCACCCAGCAAGAAACACUGUCAAUGUGGACAAUCAUGAUUGCUUGUAUGUUAUGUCAGAAAUAUAUUGCUCAUAUACACACAUACCUGUACAUGUACACACAUAUCCAUCCAUCCAUAAAUAGAAAAGUAUUUAUUUGUAUACAUAUGGACAUAUAUGCCAUAUACACAUAUUACAUAUGUUUAGAAGAAAAGACAUUUUAAAAGCAUGCAAACCAUCUUUAUGUGAAUAGUUAACACUACUAGGUGAUGAUCGGUACAGUAACAGAAUUUUCAUCUAAUUGUUAUUUCAUCCAUUGGUGCGCUUACUUCUAUCCCUGUAUCACUGUAGUUGCACACAGCAUUGGUGAUUGUCAGAGUCGUAAAUUCCAUGACCAAUGAGUCUUCUGAUUAUUUAUAUGUUGCCUUCCAUGAUGCAUGAAACCAACAUUAGCCCUGUGGCUUGUCUGCUUUUGGAAAUCAAGGGAGUAAAGGAGAAUUCUUUCUUCUCUGAUCCCCUCCCUGCUUAAGCUAAGUUGAUAAGAUCAACACCCACACUUUCUGAUGCUGUUUAACUAGGGCAAGCUAUUGUCAGGAAGGGGUAGAUACUUGGGUGUGGUCUGGGGGUUGGAGCAGCUUGUCUUCCAGUCGGAGAAGCUAAUUAAAUCAUUGAGCACAGCAUGGUGUUUUAUUCAGUUAUGCUCUUGAAAAGUAAAAAUAGAUCUUUGUUAAAAUGGCUCAUCAUAACCACCAACUAAGACUGCUAAUUGUUCUAUGCAACUAAAUUAUGUACGUGUUAGGAAAAGAAAGACCAUGUAUUAAAUUAGCUAUCUGAACACACUGUAAUAUGUAUUUAGUAUAAAUUCCCUUCUGCCCACAUCUCAGAAACACUGCCUUUCAAUCUCUUGGUGCUUCUCAGCACUGAGCUCCACAUUCAGCAGAUAAAAAUGUCCUUUUUCUAUGCUCUAGCCAUCGCCCAUUUUCUGUCUCCCGGUUCUCUGGCUGUGCCAACAUUUCUGGCACUACAGUCUAUCACUUUGUUUCACAGCUGCUUAAAUUUUCCCCAGAUGUUGUGAUUGAAAUAUAUCAACAUGAAAUUUCCCUCUGGGGCAAGUACCCAUGUUGCCCAAAGGUACGUAUGUGCCUAGUGACCUCAGCCGUCUUACAGAAUCAUGACAAGUUGAUUCUUAGAAGCAGUCUUUGAGGUUUAGUUUAUUUUUUGUUCUAGUCACUUGAGAGGUCACAAUUAUAGAUAUUUCUUCCAUUUCAAAUGGUGUGAGUGACAUGUACUUUUAACAUCACCCAAAGAACAAGAUUAUAUAUGGGUUAUACUCUUGAGGGCUAUCUGUGUUUUUUUAUUUUUUAUUUUUAUUUUUUUAGGUUGUUAAUGCAGCUUAAUGAGAAACCUAAAAACAGAAAUAAGCAAAGGAUACCACACUGGAUAAUCGACUCACCCAGAACAUUGAAAUUCGUUAUUCUGGUCCCAAAGAGGAAACAAAAUAAUCAUAAAGCUAUUAAAACAAAUACUUUACAAUAGAAAUUUGGAUAUUGGAUGAUGUGUUCCUCCAGGAAACACACACACACACACAAUCAGUCUCAUCCAAUUGUAUUUGCAAGUAUUUCAACAUUUCUUUCAAAAUAUCUAUCACUCACUGUGAUACAGACACCUUACUAAGAAUAUAGCUAUCUAUGAUUGCAAAGGAUAAAUGAUUUCAAGGAAGUGGCAGACAAGGAACCAGAGACAAACUUAAGUAGUUUAAGUUGUAUAAAUUGCAUGUGUUUGGACUUGAGGGAACCUCAGCAUGCCCUGAAAGUUUACCAGGAUCUUUGUUAUUUUUAUUACUCUUUGGCCAGUAUAUUUUAGUUCUGUGCAAGCAAAUGCAAUAGUAUUAUUUUGUAUUUCCAUUUCCCUGGAAUCUUGGUAAUGUUCUUAAAAAUAUAUUUGAAACUUUGGCUUUAAGAUGAAACUUAGAAACCCUACUUAAGUAAAGGCUAAGAUUUAUUUAUACCAGCCCUCAAGAGCUAAACCAGGAAUAAUAAGCAGAAUUUUCAGUGGGUUUUGAUUAAAUAUAAAGAAGAUGAGGUAUGAGUUGCCAAAUAGUGCAGUGGGCAUCUGUACAGAGUUACAAACUUUCAACAUCUGGAAACACUUAAAUGAAGGGUAUUUGACCAUCUUUAGGCAUGUCACAAGCAGGGAUUUGUGAUCUGAAGGGGCUGGAAAUUAGAUUGUUGUUUUCUUUACAUCACUUUGAAGAUGGCUUUGUCUGAUGGCAACAUUUGAUCUUAAAAAUUAAUGAGAACCUUGAUUUCUUAAUUAAAACAUUUUAUACAUGACAAACUUUAAAACCAUGGAGGGCGUAGUCUUUAGUUCUCAUUUUUAAAAAAAUUAAAAAUUAAAACCAACUAAGCACAGAUACAAGAACUCAAAAAAAAUAAGGAGAUAAAAAUUCAGAUUUCUUCUGAAAACAUCUUAGGUGUUAAUGAAUAUUUUUGGACAUUCUCAAGUAAAGCCUUUUUGGAAAUCUGCCAUUCUUCCAAUAUAAGAAAGCACUGUGAUUUGAGAUUCUUAGAGUUAACUGUAACCUAAUCAGAAGGGAAUUCUGCCCCAGGGACAUUUAGGAGCUAAGUAAAUGUACAUGAAAGGCAUCAUGGAGAAUCCCUUGGCUUCUGGUACCAACCUGGUAAUUGCAAGGGAGGAAAUACAGAACAAAAUGGUGGGAUAGGUUUUCUCUCUGCUUCCAGUGUUCCAGUAUCUGGAGGCCAAUGGUGUCUUAAGUUGGCUGCUUUUGGUAGUGGAAACAACUGGGACUCUCUUGUUUCUCAGCUAUUUACUGAGACACACACAUGGUUUACAGUAUAAAGUAAUUUAAACAACAAUUCAAAUAUUGUUUACUAACAACUUCCAUAAGAUUUUUUUAAGUCAAUGCUUUGAUAGUUUGAUGCAUUUUGACACUUCUGAGCUUUGGUAUCUAAUACAAUUUUCUAUGAGGAAGAUAAUGCAGGUAAGAUGUUCUAAACUAGGUUCCAGCACAGUGAUCAACCUGCACAGUUCACACAGUGACAGGGUUCCCACCAGAUAAGGGAUCUGUUGAACAUACCAACAUGCCCCAAAUAGAUGCUUUCUAGGAAAAUAGUUUUGCACCAUUGCUUUCAGUGGAGUUUUACAUCUGUUGUUCAGAUUUCCAUGAUACAAAGGUUUCUCCAUUGAAAAAGAAAAGAAGUCUACCUAAGAUUCCACAGCCAACUUGAAUAGAACCAAGAGAGAUCUUAAAAUUAGAAUUCUAGAGUUUUUGUUAUCAAGAGGCAUGCAAAUGUAGACAUAUUUCAAACACAAAAGAUUUGGAAACUGUGGUAAAACCAUGCAAAGAACCUAGAGGUGAGGGUUGAUGACUUAUCUAUUUGUGAUUCUCAUUCUCUCUAUCUGUGUGUAUGUGUGUGUGUGUGUGUGUGUGUGUGUGUGUGUGUGUGUGUGUAAAUGAGAGUGCUAUUUUACCUCCUUUGAAGGCUGAUAUUGUUUCAGAAUGCUGUACCAAAAGGUGUUGAGAGUGGCCCUAUCAUUCAAGGCAUGAUUGAUCUGUUUAUGGAAGGGUGUAAGUGUAAAGUUCAUCCUACACAACCACAUAUAUAGACAUUCUGACACAUAUGGGAAACUAUGCUGUGCUUGAACUGGAAAGAAUAGAUAAUGUUCUCCCAUUCUGAUCUCAUAUUCUCCAAGGAUUGCCUAUGGGCAGAAUGGCGAAUUUGUAGUAGGUAUUUGAUCCUUAAAAAAAAUUUUUAAAAAAAGGCAAUGUUAGGUUGGGGGAAAAAUGUCCAAAGGAGACUAGCUUCUUGGUGAUGUCAGAUCCAAGUUCUAAGGGACAAACAAUGUGUAGACUCUAAACCAAGUACAGAACAGAUCAAAACAGGCAUGAAGCACUGGUAGCUAUAUUAUGUAAUGCUUUUCAUUUCUAAACAUUGCAUCUAGAAAAAUCAGUUGGGCUUCCUCGAGAAACAAUGCGUUUUUCAACUGUUUCUUCUAGUACUUAUGUGAAGAUUAAAAGUCAGCUCAGGGAUCAUAGGAAUGUCAAUCCUUAAUUGUGAGGGAACUUGGAGAAAAGGACAUAUAAUACUUCCCAGGCUUAGUUUCUGUUAUUUUAGGCAGAAGCAAAACUUAGAACCCAUUUGCUCCCAGGUUCCUGACAAUUAGAUGGCAGCUUCUUAGGGGAAUCAAAGGCAUUAUUGAACAUUAUAACAGACAUAGCCCAAAUCCAUUAGAAGCAGAAAAUUUUGUGACUUUAAGUAUUUGUACAUUCUCUCUCUCUCUUUCUCUCUCUCUCUCUUACACACACAUACACACAUACAUACACACACACAUAUGUGUACACACACACAUAUAUGUUUGUAUAUAUGUUUUUUUUUUUCUCCUUGCCCUUUUGUUUGGGACUGGGGCUUUGAGAAAGGAUCUGGCCAUAAAGAGACAGGGAAGCUUUUCUACACCUCUCUGUGACCAAAUAAGACAUAAACUCACAUCAAUAGGCUAGUGUUUCCAUUCUCUUUUUAUUGUAGGAGAUUAUAGUCUCGAUUGACCAUCUUCCCUUUGCCCAUAAGUUAAUGCCUGAGUCCUAGAUUCUGGGUUUUCUGGCUGGGGUAGGGUGGGGUGUCAGUGCUCAGAUAAUUAGGGGAUGUAUAGAAUCAGAGUUCUCCUCUGAAGGAGCUUGUACAACCCCAUUCUCUCUUCUCUCCUGCCCCACUCCUUGUCCUUGGCUUGGAAAAGAAAAACAAGAGCAGAGUGAUAAGAAGAGACACAAAUAAUUUUGAAACAGAUUCCCAGGUAUAGCACAAUAAGAUGACUCUGGUAUUAGUGCAGGCUCUCCUGGUAACUCACAGGUAACAUACAUACUCAACAAACAUUGUCCUCAUGAAAACCCAGUGUAGAAAGCAAACGUGUACAGAGUGGCUUCAAGGAAUGUUAGCUGGGGGUCUCAGUUUAUGCAGCUCAGUAGAAUUGAAUUGAAUGUGGCAUUUAGUGGGGAAAUGGGGAAAGCUAAUGGAAGAUCUUUGUAGUAGAACUCCCAAAGGGAUGGAUAUUGUUUGAGACUUUCUUCAACUGCCCAUAGUUUAGACUCCUUCACAGAUGUGUGUUGGCCCAUAAUAAAAGUUGAGAAGAAAAAGAUCAGCCUGAAGAGUUUCAUCCACAAACUUAAAUGUACUUUCAUCUUAACUACGCAGAUAGUAGACAUUGUUAUUCGGGGAUAUAAACCUAGCCUUUUUCUCUUAAAAAUGAAAGAUAUGAGCUGUUUAAAAGUAAUCUCCUCUUAAAUGAAAGCAAAACAAAAUUGCAAAACCCAAAGAUAUGACAGCCCUACAUUGACUUGGUCUUUUGUUUAAACUCAUGAGCAAUUCUCACAAAUGUAUUUUUCACAUUUAUAGUGUUUAAAACAUUUUAUCAUCUGAUACAUGCUGUACCUUGCAUAAUGCAUCCACAUGCCCCCUACCUUUGGGUUUUAUUAGUUACCAGUGACAUUUUUCCUUUCCCACCCUGCCCCCACACUUCUCACUUGUUGGACUGAGGCACUAACUCAUGCAUAUAUCUGCCCCCACACUUCUCACUGUUUUGACUGAGGCAUUAACCCAUGCACAUAUAUGCUGAAUUUGUGGUGCAGCUAGGGUCUUCUUGCUUGCUGAUAUCCUGGUUGUGAGUUGGGGAACAGUGAGCUUCCACCCCGGGGAAUGAAUCUGGGGGCUUUUAAAAGCCAAAUGUUACAAUGCAGUAGGAUAUUCUGAGAACCAUGUGUUGAAAAGAUAGGGUCCAAAUCAGCUACAUAUUUGUCAGCUCAGCUGUAUUUUUCAAAUUGCCUAUGGUUAAGUGGACAACCAGGAAUGCUCUGUGGCCCAAGGCUGUUGGAAAGUGAGGAAGUGAUCCUGUGAAGCAUUAAGUGGCUGAUAUUGCCAGCAGAGUGGAAGUGUUUGGUGGAACUUGAUUUUCUGGAGUGACAAGGCUCUUCAGGCAUGCUGAGGAGCAUCCUGGCUGUGGGUGGGUCACUCACAGAGGCUACAUGUGUCAUGAAGAGUUGCGGUCAUGCUCUAAAGGGCUCGUUCAUGCUGUCCGACUCCGUCUGAUUACAUCCCAGAGCCAUGCCACUGCGAAGCUGCCAGCUGCAGGGGGGGAUCCCCCAGCAGUAGCCGCUAUGGCAGUAGAGGAGGAAAUUUUGUUUCCAGGUCAAGUGGGAUCCAGAUACUAUGAAGUGGAGGGAGGGAGGGAGGGAAGGGUGGGUUGGGGAAAGGGAAGAAUGGAGUUUUUUUGUAAUAAAGUCAUAAAGUAUUUUUCCCUAAUUUUCUCGCAUUUCCUAUUUAUAUAAAGAAUCUUGAUCACUGUGUUGCUCUACAGAGAUUUUCAAUGGAAUUAAUUUGGGAGACGAAUUAAUCUCUGAAAAAGAAAUUGACUAGUUAUACUUACUUUUUGGACACUUUUUCUGUAUUGUGAAUUGUGUGGAAAUGUACAGAAUAAAAAAUGAAA